GAUAGCACUGUGGAUGACGAUUCGGGCUCACUACUUUCUCUCUUCACAGACCUAUUGAGCCACGACUCUAGAAGUUCUUGCUCAGAAAGGCGUUGUAUACGGUAAGGUAGCCUGUGCGUAACCUGUCGCAUGGUUAAAAUAACCUCCUGGCACAAAGCACAUAGACAACUUCCAGUGUUGGAGACUGUUUCCGCGCUUAGCGCCAUACUCUUGGAUUGGAGAGGGGGGCAGGCGGGACGAAAUUCAACCGUGAUUUGAAGCAGACAGCAACAUACGGACUCAGACGUGCUGGAGGAAGCUCCUGGCCGAAACAUCUCUUGAAAGGAUUUUCCCACUUUUGCUUGACGAAGGAUAACCAUUGAGCCGCUGCUUUUCGCAGCAACGGGUUUAACUUGUUAGGGUUUGUGUAGCCUACUAUAACUUUGGUUCUACAACUUUAGCGAGCCUACUGAUUUGUCUGUAGAACUUUGUGUAAACUUUUUAAAGCUAUUCUUCGGAUGCAUUUGUCUAUCCUCUGUCGACAACCAGUCGGACUUUAAUUUCUUCGUAAACUGUGUACUGGCCUCUCUUGACAAUUACGCGGCUGUUCUACAACUCGUAAAAUUGUUAUCGCAGUCGUAUUCAAUGACAGAUCGGCCGUAACUCAUCGCGCUUCGAACUGGUGUAGAUGACAAUCUCUUAAACCAGGCUGAGAAGACAGUCAAACCUACUGUUUUUUUGCCGUAGUAACUCAACCUUUUCUUUUCGGAUUUUCAUCAUGGAUAAGUACGAUGACUUAGAACUGGAAGCCAGCAAAUUUAUAGAGGACCUCAACAUGUAUGAGGCGUCAAAGGACGGGUUGUUCCGAAUGAAAAGAGAUUCCUCCAACAACCCAGACUUCGAUGAAACCAGGAGAGUGUUCGCCUCGAAAAUGACUAAAAUCCACAUGCAGAAGCAACAGGAGGAGCUGGCCCGCAACAACGUGACAGCGCGAAUGAACGGUGGGCACGUUCGCGCGCCAGACAGCAUGUUUUACACCAAAGACCGGCCGCCCAUCAACAGUUACAGGGUAGAGACAGCCGCGAAGCCUCCCAUUCUCUCCGGUCCCGUGGCCACCGCCUCUGUUGCUGGAAACCCGUACGAUUCCUAUGAGGCUCAGAGGCACCAUCCGGCACCCCAGCAUGAGGUCCCCGGCAGCAGAGCAUACAGCCACGGAAAUAAUUAUGGUAACAAGGAGCCGCAUUCUUUCGUCCCCUACCAUGCCCCAUCCGCUGUCAGCCCAGGUCCGGCUUCCAGCCCCACUCAUGCCGGCCAGGCCUCCAGCCCCGUCGGUACUUGGGGCUCUUCCCGUGUGCCCCUCAGCCCUGGCGCGACCCAGGUAUUCCCGCAACCCCCUCCACCCCCUCGCCAGGCCUCUUCGCCCACCUUCUCCAGCAGCAGUCUGCCCUCCUCAGGAUCACCCGUGUCGGGCCUGAGCCGGGCCAGCACACCCCCGGGUCGGCAGGCUUCACCCUCCUUCCUGCCUCAGCCCAACCAUGACUGGACCAGAGGCAGACCAGCAGACCAGCACUCCCCGCCCGGAUCCCUCCAAAGAACCCCAGAGCCUUACCCACAGCCCCCACAGAACGCCCCUGCCCCUGCCCCUGCCCCUGCCCCUGCCCUACACAGCUACCCUGCAGCCGCUGCUCAGCGCCCAGCCCAGGUGGACCCACGAGCCAACGGGCACCCCCGCUCGCCUGUUGGCCCCGCUCUCAUUGCCCCAGUGCCACUCGAUCCGUCCACAGCCUCGGCCACCACCGCCAGCAUGGCACCUGAGGUCGCCCUACCCAGACCCCCCAGCUCCCCAAUGACCUCCCCAGGCUUGGCCCAAGGGAAGGCCCCCUCCUGCGAGCAGCAGCAGGGGCCCGCGUUUGGGCUCCAGCCCCAGGUGGCGGCAGUCGCAGAGGGCAGCCAGGGGUGCCAGGCAGCAGUGGUUGGCGAGCCUGCCCAGCGAGAGGCACCCAGCCCCCCCAGAGGAACGGCAGUUGCGGUGCCCCUGCCAUGCCAGAGUCUCCAUAAACAGCCCGAGCAGAGGCCCUCGGCGGCUGAAAUAAAAUUAGAAGCGCUCACCGAACGCCUGGAGAAGGAAAUGGAUGCCCAGCACAAGGCUGACUACUUCGGUAACUGUGUGAAGUGCAGCAAGGCGGUGUAUGGGGCCAGUCAGGCGUGCCAGGCCAUGGGGAGCCUCUACCACGACAGCUGCUUCACCUGCAGCGCAUGCAGUCGUCGGUUAAGGGGGAAGGCCUUCUACUAUGUCUGUGGGAAAGUGUUCUGUGAGGAGGACUUCCUGUACUCCGGCUUCCAGCAGUCUGCAGACAAGUGUAAUGCCUGUGGACAUCUCAUCAUGGAUAUGAUCCUACAGGCCCUGGGCAAGUCCUACCACCCAGGCUGCUUUCGCUGCUUCAUCUGCAACGAGAGUCUGGAUGGAGUCCCCUUCACUGUCGACACGGAGAACAAGAUCUACUGCGUCAAAGAUUACCACAGGGUCCUGGCUCCUAAAUGUGCAGCUUGUGGCCAGCCCAUUCUGCCUUCUGAGGGAUCUGACGAGACCAUCCGCGUGGUUUCCAUGGACAAAGACUACCAUGUGGAGUGCUACCACUGUGAGGACUGCCACAUGGAGCUGAAUGACGAGGAAGGGCAUCGCUGCUACCCGCUGGACGGGCACCUCCUGUGCCAUGCAUGCCACCUCAAGCACAUCGAGCCCAAUGGGGCCUCCCCGACCCCGGCAACCCUCCAGCACCACUUCUAGACAAGAAAAGACAGCCACUGAUGCCCCCUAGUGGCCUUCGGAGACACUGCACAGACACACACACACACACACACACACACACACACACACACACACACACACACACACACACACAGACACACACACACACACACACACACACACCAAAGAAUGGACUGAUCAACGCAGUAUGCCUUACACACCAUUCAUAUGCCUGUCUGGUGAAAACAAUUGCAUCUUCUCUCAUGAUUUCUUUGAUUUCAGUUCAAAUAUGGUUUUAACUUUUUUCCUUUUUAAGUGGUUUGAUCUCUAAACCCGGAGACUAUGCAUUUCAGGAGUGUUUAUCAUUUCCGAAUCUGUUGUAAGAUCCCAGUAUUGACUUGCAAUUCCUGAGUGCUUUCAGUGUGUAAAUACUCACCGUUUGCUUCCCGAGUGACAUACAGUAUAUAUAACCAGUUAACAUUUCAUUUGUAACUAUAUAUUUUUUUCUCGAUAGGUCUACCCUGUUUUUGUGUAUGUGUGUGAGAGGAAUAGAUGCAGGUGUAUAAGAAAGAAGACAAUUGCUUCAGUAUUGUUCAAUGUAUUUCAGAAGUUAUUUUAUUUAUCCUUAUAAAAAGUAUAAGACUUGAUUAUGAACUUUAUGUAUUCCUGAGCAGAGAUGAUGCUCUGCCAAAACACAGUAUUUGCAGAGGUGUCAGCCCCAGGUUCAGAACAAAAUAAAUCCCGAAUUAUUGAUUUCAAUGAGUAGCAGAUACCUCCAUGUUCUUUACAUCCAGAUGAUUGAAAGCUGGUUGCAUGAAAUAUCUUGCCAGUGUUUUUACUUUCUGAACACUUUUGACACAUAAACAUGUCAAAUUUUGGCUCCUUUUUUAUUUUAUCUUGGUGAUCGCCAAGCAGAUUUUCAUAUUUUAGGUCAUUUUCAUUUUCUUGCAAAGAGGUGGCAUGUGGCUGCCCUCUAACCUACGGCGGCCAUGGCACAUCACCCAUCUGCAAUAAGCUCCCCACUGACAGACAGACAGACAGACAGACACAUAGACUGUGAAUGCACAAGUGGACAAUAAAACAACAUGAACGCCUCAAGCCAACAGCGAUACAUUUUCUGACAGUCAAAUGGGUUAGCAAAACGAGUGAAAUCCGCUUGUAUACGCAGUCUGAGGUUGUUUGCUUCCUCUCAACAAAUGAGUGAAGAAUGAGAGAAAAACUCUUGACGUUUUGAAUAAUACAUUUCCUACAUGUGCAUUUAU